AUGCAGGAUGAUUCUGGUGCUGCUGUUCUUUCUGACACCAGGCAGCCGUCGCAACCGGCCACGUACCCGUUAACGGUGGGUGCGGAGUGUGUACCGGUGAGUGAAGCCGCACCUGCCAGUCUGCUCCCCUCAUUGCCGGUGAAGGCACACGCUGGGGGCGCGCACAUGGGCGACCUUCGAAGCGAACAAGACCACUUGUGGCUCAUCUACCAUGAGGUGGGGACAUCGGCGCGGAUGAAGCGCUUCCGCACAGUCGUGGAGUUUGCGAAGUACACACAAGAGUUGAUGAACACGGAGCCCACUGUUAUUACUACCGCCACUACUGCUGCUGCAACAGCAAGCUCAACCCAGGAACAAGAAGAGAAGCAACUGCCGAGGGAAGGUGAGGGGAUGCAUGGGGGAAUCCAGUUGCCUGUGCAGCGUGGGAGUCUGCCUCAUGGGCGGAUGAGAGAGCGGAGACGCCGCCGCUCGCGGGAACCCAACACACCGUCAGGCAGUAGCAGUAGCAGCAGCAGCAGUGAUACUCCACUCACGCGGUCGUAUUGGCUUGAUAUCCAAUCUUCCAAUGAGGAGGUAAUACGCGACGCACUGCGGCUUUUCCCUAUCCACUCUACUACCGUGGAGGCGGUACUAAACCCGGAGAGUUUCGACAGCGCGGAGACGUACUCCUCGCUGGACUACGUCUUCUUGAACCUCGCGUGCAACCGCUUGAGUACGAGUGCGAAGCCCUUUGAGACGUUUGGAGGGGCGGUGUACGACACGAUGGGGGAGAACAUCGCCCUCUGCGGGGUUCUCUGCUUCGAGGAUUGGGUGGUGACGGUCCACUCGGCGCCGUUCGGCGGUCUGCUGGAAACUGUGCAGAAGAUACAGAGGAGGCAUGGCCUGCGGAGACACCACGCAGGGGGCCAGACAUCAGCAGUAUUAGUAGCUGCAGCAGCAGAAACGGCUGCUGCUGCGGCUGCUGUCCCUGCUGUGAUUGCCGGUGCGAAGAGCUAUGCACCGUUGCGUGCUGCGUGGGUGCUCGCGACGUUGGUGGAUUUCGUGACGGAGACGUUUGUGCCGGACCCGGCGUCGGUGCUGGCGCAGGUCGACGCGCUCGACGAGAUGGUGCUGCACAUCUCAGAUGAGCAGGACCAGCCGGACCUCCUGCGCCGCGUGGCGCUGCUGCGGCGCCGCAUCUCUACCCAACGCACUCUGCUGUACCGGAAGGAGCGGCUGGUGCGGCAACUACUGAUGCCGUUGAUGCGCACCUCAUUCGUUGCGCAGGACGAUGACAUCGCUGAUUUGUACAAACACACCCUGGUUUCCGUCGUGCACGUGGCAGAGCGCCUCGACAACGCGCGAGAUCUGCUGAACCACUCCAACAUGAAUUUCGUUGCGAUGGUCUCUAUGCGUAUGUCGCAGGACUCUGCGCGGAUGGACGUGAAGAUGCAGGUGCUGACCCAGGUCGCCACCAUCUGCCUGCCACUAAGUCUCGUUGCCUCCAUCUUCGGCAUGAACGUGACGGUGCCGUGGGAGCAGACGGGGGAGUUGAAUGCGUUCUGGGGCAUCAUCGGCUUCAUGGUUCUCUGGCUCGUCGUCUGCCUGAUUCCAACGCUGAUGAAUCUGCGCAAACACAUACGGCGGACGCCCAUCUCGGAUGGGUAG